ACACAGAGACAGGAACAAUCACCCACGACAUACUCAAAGAAUAUGGCUGCCUAAAUAUGGUUCCCAAUCAGAGACAACGAUAAUCACCUGACUCUGAUUGAGAACCGCCUCAGGCAGCCCCCCCUAAGGUGCGGACUCCCGGACGCACAUCAAAACAAUAGGGAGGGUCCGGGUGGGCGUCUGUCCAUGGUGGCGGCUCUGGCUCGGGACGUGGACCCCACUCCAUCAAUGUCUUAGUUCCUCCCCCUCGCGUCCUGGGAUAGUCCACCCUCGCCGCCGACCAUGGCCUAGUAGUCCUCACCCAGAACCCCACUGGACUGAGGGGCAGCUCGGGACUGAGGGGCAGCUCGGGACUGAGGGGCAGCUCGGAACUGAGGGGAAGCUCGGGACUGAGGGGAAGCUCGGGACUGAGAGGAAGCUCGGCACUGAGAGGAAGCUCAGCACUGAGAGGAAGCUCAGCACUGAGGGGAAGCUCAGCACUGAGAGGAAGCUCAGCACUGAGAGGAAGCUCAGCACUGAGAGGAAGCUCAGGCAGGUAGUUGGCUCCGGCAGAUCCUGGCUGGCUGGCGGAUCUGGAAGAGUCUGGUUGACUGGCGGAUCUGGAAGUCUGGUUGACUGGCAGAUCUGGAAGAGUCUGGUUGACUGGCAGAUCUGGAAGAGUCUGGUUGACUGGCAGAUCUGGAAGAGUCUGGUUGACUGGCAGAUCUGGAAGAGUCUGGUUGACUGGCAGAUCUGGAAGAGUCUGGUUGACUGGCAGAUCUGGAAGAGUCUGGUUGACUGGCAGAUCUGGAAGAGUCUGGUUGACUGGCAGAUCUGGAAGAGUCUGGUUGACUGGCAGAUCUGGAAGAGUCUGGUUGACUGGCAGAUCUGGAAGAGUCUGGUUGACUGGCAGAUCUGGAAGAGUCUGGUUGACUGGCAGAUCUGGAAGAGUCUGGUUGACUGGCAGAUCUGGAAGAGUCUGGUUGACUGGCAGAUCUGGAAGAGUCUGGUUGACUGGCAGAUCUGGAAGAGUCUGGUUGACUGGCAGAUCUGGAAGAGUCUGGCUGACUGGCAGAUCUGGAAGAGUCUGGCUGACUGGCGGAUCCUGGCUGACUGGCGGAUCUAGCUGCUCUGGCUGCUCCAUGCAGACUGGCAGCUCUGGCUGCUCUAUGCAGACUGGCAGCUCUAUGCAGACUGGCAGCUCUGGCUGCUCCAUGCAGACUGACAGCUCAGGCUGCUCCAUGCAGACUAGCAGCUCUAUGCAGACUGGCAGCCCAGGCUGCUCCAUGCAGGCUGGCAGCUCAGGCUGCGCUGAACAGGCAGGAGACUUCAGCAGCGCUGUAGAGGAGGAAGGCUCUGUCAGCGCUGAACAUGCGGGAGACUCCGGCAGCGCUGUAGAGGAGGAAAGCUCUGGCUGCGCUAAACAGGCGGGAGGCUCCGGCAGCGCUAAACAGGUGGUUAUUGGACCGAGGACACGCACAGGAAGCCUGGUGCGGGGAGCUGCCACCAGAGGACUGGUGUGUGGAGGUGGCACUGGAUAGACCGGACCGUGCAGGUGCACUGGAGCUCUUGAGCACCGAGCCUGCCCAACCUUACCUGGCUCGAUGCCCACUCUAGCCCGGCCAAUACGAAGAGCUGGUAUGUACCGCACAGGGCUAUGCACCCGCACUGGAGACACCGUGCGCUCCAUAGCAUAACACGGUGCCUGCCCAGUCUCUUUAGCCCCCCGGUAAGCACAGGAAGUUUGCGCAGGUCUCCUACCUGGCGUAGCUAUACUCCCUGUGAGCCUCCCCCCAAUACAUUUUUGGGGCUGACUCUCAGGCUUCCAUCCGCGUCGCCGUGCUGCCUCUUCAUACCAGCGCCUCUCUGCUUUCGCCGCCUACAGUUCUUCUUUGGGGCGUCGAUAUUCACCAGGCUGUGCCCAGGGUCCUUUUCCGUCCAAUAUCUCCUCCCAAGUCCAGAAGUCCUGUGAUCGCUGCUCCUCACGAUAAACAGGGGGAGUUGGCUCAGGUCUGAACCCUGACUCUGCCACACUCUC